GGCGCCACCCGGACGGAGACUUCCCGCCUAAAUCGGACAGGCGUCGGGCGACGGGUCCGAUUAUUUGGGGAGAAAAUGGCUCAUAAAACAACAGGACGCAGAAAUUGUGCUAAAAACCAGAAGGAGAAAACAACCUAUGAUCCAUUGUAUGAUUUCAGUGAGGAAAAUGAGAAAAAAUUGGGUUGCAGUUAUGAGGAUGAUAAACUAGAGGAUGCUGCGUUGCCACUCGCGAGGAAACGGACGAUGGCCAGCACAGGCAUUGAACAGGAAGAGGAAAUGGACGAAAUUAGCGUUGGCAGUGAUGUGGCCACCAUGCUUGAGCGAUUUGGAGCUGAUAUUAAUAAGGCUAUCUUGGCUAAGAAGAAACGACUGGAGGUGUACACAAAAUCCUCAUUAAAGACCAGCAACCAAAAGAUAGAGCAAGUUUGGAAAGUGCAACAAGAAGAAAGGCAAAAGCUUUCGGAUGAUUAUUGUAAGCAGUUUACUGGAAUCUUCCAGCAAUGGGAGAAAGAUAUUCAGAAGGCCAAAGACCAAGAAGAGAAAAUAGAAAACCUGUUUCGGCAGCAACAGAAGCUUUUCCAGCAGAUGAGGGUGGUCCAAGGACAAAGGCUGAAGAGCAUUAAGCAGUUGUUUGACCAGUUCCUGAAGAACUUGGAGGAGCUGGAGAAAAGCCACACUGAACAGCAGUCAGCCGUGCAGAGUGAGCUUCGCAAAGAGAUGGCACUCUUUCAGAAACGAAUUUUAAUGGACACCCAACAACAGGAGAUGGCUACAGUGCGCAAGUCCCUACAGUCCAUGCUGAUGUGAUGUCAUUCAGUGGAUACCCAUCCUUCACAGUGCCUAGUGGCUGUUUUAUAUUAAAAGCUUUUUCAUGUUGCUGCAACAAUCUCAGUUUAUUGUUAUUAUCUCAAAGUUCAAAAUUUAGUCAUCUCAGUCUUUGUAAUCUCAAAGCUUGGUUAUAAAGCUGCCUUCUCAGUAUGUUUAUUUCUUCAAUGCCAAGUCACUAUAUUGAAAUUAUUAACCAGAAUAAA